AGAUAUAAAGGACAAGUUUGCCUCGAAGCCCCUGUGAAUUUCGGUAAAGACGGCGUGGUUCAGUCGCGCUUCCUCCUUCACCUGUUCAGGUCUCUCGCCUACACAACACUGCGCGGACAAAAUGGAGGAUACACCUGUGUGAGGGGGAAAAGAAGAAAACUGCAGAAAAACUCAGGAAAUACGUGCUUACAAAUGUUUGGUCGAGGUUCCCAAGAGCGGCUAUUUUAAGUGUUUUUAAGUCAGUUUCAAGUCGAGUGUUUUUAUUAGCCGAACUUUAGGAGAGUGGAUCAGCCAAAAAUGCGCCUGUUAUUUGUGAUCCUUAUCAUUUUCACGGUAACAGGUUUCACCACAGGCGUUAAUGUCAUCUGCCCUGUGAAACGCUAUGUGGUCAUCCUGUUCCAGCCAGUCACUCUUAGGUGUGAUUACACGACCACAGCCACUGUGCCCCCUAUCAUCACCUGGCGGUACAAGUCCUUCUGCCGAGACCCAAUCCAAGCUGCCCUGAAUCCAAGCAGUGCUGACAAUGCUUAUGCCCAGGCUAACCCCAACUACAACCCCAACACUGAAUGCUCAGAUGGUUCAAGGACUGUGCGCAUUGUGGCUUCUAAGCAGACAGCUGUCACGCUGGGAAACCAAUACCAGGGCCGCAAGAUCAGCAUCACUAACAAUGCUGAUCUCAACAUUGAACAGACUGCAUGGGGUGAUAGCGGUGUGUAUGUGUGCAGUGUUGCAUCGUCCCAGGACUUAUCAGGAAAUGGUGAAGACUAUACCGAGCUCAUUGUUUUGGAGAGAAAGUCAAAUACUACAGACCUGCUGCCUGGCAUUGACUUACUGAUCAUGGAAGAUUGGUUGUUGGUAGUGUUGGUGAUGAUUGGCUUCCUCUUGUUGCUGCUCCUCAUUGGGAUCUGUUGGUGUCAAUGUUGCCCUCAUACAUGUUGCUGUUAUGUGAGCUGCCCAUGUUGCCCAGAACGCUGUUGCUGCCCAAGAGCAUUGUAUGAAGCAGGUAAAGCAGUGAAGGCUGGUAUUCCUAGCCAGUAUGCAGCCAGUAUGUUUGCUCCUAGUUUGUAUGGACAACCAGCAUAUGUGGGGGGGCCAUCCCCACCCAUCCCUAUGCUGCCCAUGCCCCAGGGUGUCAACGUCCCUCCCCCUAAUGGCUAUGGCAGGGACUUUGACACAGCCAGCUCAGUUGGUCAGGGAUCUCAAGUACCGCUGCUACAUGAUCAUGAUAGCCAGACUCGUAGCGGAUAUCGUAUCCAGGCUAAUCAGGAUGGAAAUCCUACUCGUUUGCUGUAUUAUAUGGAGCGGGAGGUGGCCAAUCUGGACCCCAGUCAGCCUGGAGGUGCUGCAGUCCCACAAAGCCGAUUUGAUGGUAUGAGUGAGAUCAGCUCCCUGCAUGAUGGCGGAGACCCUCGUAAUCGUGGUCGAUCCAGGCCUCCCCAGCUGAACACAGUGUAUGAUGAUGAGAACAUGAGCACCAUCAGUAGUGUAUCUCAGAGUAUGCACAGAGAUGAUCCCAGGAGAGGUGGCGGAGGUGGUCCUAACCGCCCUGGCCGUGCUCGUUCCAUGGACAACCUUGAUGAUAUCGGCCGAAACUACAGAGACCGCGAUUAUCCUCCUCGAGGAGCCAGAAGAGGUUCUGAUGAUGAAUGGAGUAGCAGUGAUCGAAGAUAUGACCGUGUCCCAGAUGACCGACAUCGUGACUAUUCCCCUGAUGACCGCUUCCGUAGCGAUUCUCGAGGAGUUGGCUUUCAGGGACGGCGCAGUCGUAGCCGUGAUGAUUUGAUGGAUCUAGAACGUGGGCGGGGAGGCAGAGGCCAGGAUGCAUAUGAUGAUGGCUUCCUACGGGAGGCAAUGGAGAGGAAGAAGAUGGGCGAGCAGCAGCGGGCUCGGAGCCGUGAGCGCCUUGACAGCGACAGUGACCGCUCAGACCGCUACAGGGGAGGACGUGGGGGGCCACCACCACCACUUCCCUUCAGCAGGCCUGCAGGCAAUCCCAACCAGCGCCCUGCCAACAACACCAGCUUCCCACCUCCACCAUCCUACACAGAGGAUACAGACAGCUUAGCAUCAUCCAAGAAGAGCAAUCUCCGCAAGAACGGAGCUGUGAGUCGCGAAAGUCUGGUCGUGUGAAACAUUAAGUAUUUGCGGUCAACAUGUUCUUUAAGGUGGUUGAUUUUGUUUUGUAAAUUUGUGUUUUUCACCGUCUAUUGCUGAAUGUUUAUUGUGGGUUUAAAUAGGGAUGUACAUGCGUGUAAAUGCAGUUUUAUUUGAGAGUCUCAGUGAGUCAGAGUCUCAUGACUUAAUGCAAUGUUACUAUUUUAAAAGUUUUAUGAAUUUUAAUGUGAUGGAUUUAUAUCUAAAAUCACUGUUUUAUAAUUAUGAAAAAUGCAUUUUUAAAAACACUUUUCAUGUAUUGAAUAUUUCCCUAACAUAUGGUGUACAGGUGAUGUCAAGACUUUGCAGUAAUCAUACAGUUAAUAGGCUUUACAUCCUAUUGCUCACAAUGCAUUGUAAAUGUAUACAAAAUAUAAUAAAAAAUACAGAUCUUUGUA